AUGGCUGCAGACAUCAUCUGCGAAAACCUACCCAAUCUUGUAUCAUCAUUCGUGGAUACCUUCGUUGACUUCUGCGUAACCGGAACCUUUUUACCCGAUCCUCCAUCUCCUCCCUUUACUCAAACCUUCUUCCCUUCUCCUAAGCGUCUAACAGCCAUAGGCGAUCUCCACGGCGACCUUCGUAAAUCCAAACAAGCACUCCGCCUCGCUAGUCUCAUCGACUCCGAGGACCAGUGGUCUGGUGGCAACACCACUCUUGUACAAGUCGGCGACGUCCUCGAUCGUGGUGGACAUGAACUCAAAAUCCUUUACUUUCUCGAGAAACUAAAACGACAGGCUGCUAAAGUCGGCGGCAAUGUCAUCACCUUGAAUGGCAAUCACGAAAUCAUGAAUAUUAAUGGUAAUUUUCGGUAUACUCAUCGAUCUUAUGUUGAUGAAUUCCAAAACUGGGCAGAUUGGUUUACUACAGGCAACAACAUGAAGCGAUUAUGCGAUGGAUUAAAGAAACCUAAAGAUUUAUACGAUGGGAUUCCUUCAAGUUUUCCUGGCAUUAAAGAAGAAUAUGUAAAUGGGUUUAGAGCCAGGAUUGCUGCAUUGAGACGUCAGGGUCCUAUAGCAAGUAGGUUUUUAUCAAAAAACAUGACUGUGCUUGUUGUAGGGGAAUCCGUGUUUGUUCAUGGAGGGAUAUUACCCCACCAUGUAUCUUAUGGAUUGGAACGGAUUAACGAAGAGGUGAGGGAUUGGAUUACUGGUUUGAGAGAGACUGUAUCAUCGGAUAUAGUUAAUACCGAGAAUUCAGUUCUUUGGUUACGAAAAUUUUCUAACAAAGUGGUUAAUGAUUGCGACAGGAGUAUGCUGGAACAUACACUUGCGACAAUUCCAGGUGCAAGGAGGAUGAUCAUGGGUCAUACUAUUCAAAAGGGUGGCAUAAACGCAGCUUGCAAUAACAAAGCGAUAAGGAUUGAUGUUGGUAUGUCUAAUGGGUGCAUUAACGGGCUGCCUGAGGUUCUGGAUAUUAGUGAGGAUUCUGGUCUGCGAAUCUUAACAUCAAAUCCAGUUAAGAAGAGGCGUGAUUUGAAGGUCCCUGUGCAGCAAGAAACACGAGUACCGGGGAAAUGCAAGUUGUGGCUUAAGCCUAUUUCUAUUUGA